AUGAAGUUCACUCUCCCGUUCCUGACCGUUGCCGGUCUUGGUCUCUCGACCACAGUCUCUGCCCUGCCCUCAUUCGCUGGCAAGUCCUUCGACGAGGUUGCUCGCGGCCUGGACCUCAACUCUGACCGUCCCGAAAUCAAGGCUUUCGUCAAGCGAGCUGAGGAGAUCCGCAACGGUGGACCCAUCUACCCCCGUGCUCAACGUGGUGACCGUGACAUCACCGCCCUCAUCAACCCUGCAACUUUCAAGUUCAACGACGAGGAGCAGAGCAUUGAUCUCACCUCUGACGAGCACAAGUUCAUUCCCCCUGGCCCCAACGACAUCAGAGGUGAGUGACUCGUGCAACAGUGGUCGACAAGGCGCGUCUGACGUUCUCAUCAUCUCAUCCCACGUCGGCAGGUCCUUGCCCUGGUCUCAACCUGCUCGCCAACCACGGUUACCUUGACCGCUCUGGUGUCACGACCCUGACCCAGGGUAUCGAUGCUAUCAACAAGGUCUUUGGUGUCGGACCCGACCUUGCGCUGGCCCUCAACGCCUACGCCGUCGUGUUCAACGGCAACAUCCUUGACGGCACCUGGUCCAUCGGUGGCCCCUACAAGUCCAAGAGCCUCGGCUCUUUGACCAACCUGCUGUUCGGUGACCCCGCCGGCAUCAACGCCCACAACGUUUACGAAGGAGAUGUGAGUAGCAGUGGCAACGUCAGCACCGCAGAAUUCGGCCACUGACCCUGUCCACCGUGUCCUUUCGUCAGGCUUCCAUCGUCCGUCAAGACUUGUACGACCCUGCUAGCGGUGGCAACAACGUCGACCUUCACAUGCCCUUCUACGAGGAGCUGCUCGCCGACGGUGGCAACAACUCUCAAGACGGUGUGGACGUCUUCACCCCUGAGGUCAUGCUCAAGCACAAGGCCGCAAGAUGGCACUACAGUGUUGCGAACAACCCCCGUUUCUUCCAGUCCGCCUUUGGUGGUCUGGUUGUGACCACUGCUGCUGAGCGUUUCGUCACCGAGUUCGCUGCCAACAACACUGCCGAUGCCGAGGGCUACAACCGUAUCUACCUCGACGAGAAGAACUUGCACGCCUUCUUUGGUAUCUACAAGGAGAACGGCAAGCUCGUCUACAAGCGCGGUCAAGAGAGACUUAUCCCUGGAUGGAAGCGUCGUCCCCUGGCCUCCAGCUUCUCCCUCGUCGACAUUGCUCUCACGCUCUUGGCUGCUGCCCGUACCGACCCUUCGCUGCUCUCCUUCGGUGGCAACACUGGUACCGUCAACUCCUUUGCCGGACUCGACGUCGGUGACCUGUCCGGAGGUGUCUUCAACCUGGCCGGUCUUCUCAAGGACCCCCAGGAGCUCCUCUGCUUCCUCUACCAAGCUGGCGUUGAAGAGCUUAUCCCGACCCAGCUCGGCGUUUUGUACAAAACAUUAGGGACUGUGACCGACUUCGUUGCGAAGAACCUCAAGGCUCCUUGGUCGAAGGCUGCAAACAGCGGUGACAACCCUUGCCGUCCCUUCGACCAGGACAAGAAGAUCAACAUUCUCGACGCCUACAACAAAUUCCCAGGCGCCAAGGGUGUCCCAGGAGUCAAGUAA